AUGCAAAUUGAUGUCCACAACAAAGAUCAACAAAAUUUGACAUUUCAAACAACGGAACCGUUAAAUGUGACAAAUAAUUAUACCUUAAAUAUAUUAAGUGGUGAUAAUACUAGCCAUUUAACAGUUGAAAAUUGUAAUACAAAUGAAACAAUUACUCGAAGUAAUAAUAAUUGUUCGGUAAUUCAUAAAAGCAAUCAAAUUAAUGAUCAAAUUAAUGAUCAAAUUAAUGAUCAAAUUAAUGAUCAAAUUAAUGAUCAAAUUAAUGAUCAAAUAGCUAUAUAUUCAAACAAAUGGUUAACUAGUCGUCAAAUUGACACUAAUUGUCCCGUUUGUGAUAAACAACUUAAGAAAUCAUAUCUUAAAGAUCACAUGAAAAUUCAUGAAAAUCACAGACCAUAUGAGUGUCUCAUCUGUGGAAAGACAUACAGAUGGCCAUCACUUUUGAGAAACCAUAAAAAGACACAUUUAAGUGACAAUCCAUUCACUUGUCAUAUCUGUAACCUUCGCAUGUCAUCCAAGUUUUCAGUCCAACAACACAUCCUUAAAAUGCAUGGAAAUGAAGACAAAAAAUAUGAAUGCAAUAAAUGUGACAAAAAAUAUGCGACAAAACAUCAGCUAAAAGCUCAUCAUAAGUAUCACACAGAAGAUAUGACACGACAAUGUGAAUAUUGUGGUAAAGUCUAUAAACAUAAGACAUCGCUUGAACGACAUCGACGGUUACAUAAAGGAGAACAUAAUAGUCAGGAUCUGAGACUCAAAUGUUCGGUCUGUGGACUCAUUUGUCACAACAAAACCCAUUAUACGGCACAUCAACGCAUUCACACCGGUGAAAAACCAUUUGUAUGUCUAGAUUGUGGUAAAUCAUUUCGUCAGAUCGCACCAUUAAAUGUGCAUAAGAUAGUACACACAGAGUUAAGACCAUAUAAGUGUAAUAAAUGUGAUCAGACUUUUAGGUGUCGGUCUAAUCUUCAGUUACAUUUGGAUCACCAUUUGGGACACAAAAGACAUACUUGUUCACAUUGCGAUCGCAAGUUCUUCUCCUAUCCUAAUCUGUUAAAACACAUCCGUCGCAAUCAUUUGGGUUUACGACCUUUUAAAUGUCAUUUGUGUCAAAACAAGAGUUUCUGUGAGAAACAAGAACUGCAAAAUCAUCUGAAAGUUCAUUCAGACAUCGAUUAUAGAGAUAAACUAAUUGAAGAUCUUAUACCAUAA